AUGGACAAUGCGGCGGCUGCUGCCGCAUCCAAGAAGCGGAGGCGGGAUGUGCCAGCACCGCGGGAUCCUCCCGCGAGCAGGGAGGGUGCCGGCGGCGGAGACGAUGCGAGCCUCGACCUCAUCAGCCGUCUCCCCGACGAGAUCCUCGGCACCAUCAUCUCCCUGCUCCCCAGCACCAAGGACGGCGCGCGGACAGCCAUCCUCUCCUCCCGGUGGCGCCACCUCUGGCGCUCCGCGCCCCUCAACCUCGCCGUCGACGACGCCCUCUCCUCGCAGGAGAGCGAGCGCAUCGCCGUCGUCUCCGAGAUCCUCGCCGCGCACCCUGGCCCCGCCCGCCGCCUCUGCAUCUCUAGCAUCUUUCUCGGCGGCCACCAUCACGCCAGGUUCGACGGCUGGUUCCGGUCCCCCGCCCUCGGCGGCCUCGAGGAGCUCGAGUUCUACCGGGGCAACAGCAAGCGUGCGCUGCCUCCUUCCGUGCUCCACUUCGCGCCCACGCUGCGCGUUGCCAGCAUCGGCCGCUGCAAUUUAUCCGUGAUCGAUGCUGCCCCCGUGCUUGCCUUCCCUCGGCUGAAGCAGCUCAACCUCUCCGGCGUCGCCGUCUCGGAGCCGGCCCUCCUCCGCCUUCUAGCCGCCUGCACCGUGCUUGAGAGCCUUGAGCUUAUGGGCAUCCGUGGGCUUAGCACCGCCCGGAUCGUCUCGCCGACUCUCCGGAGUAUUGGUGUCUCUGUUGGUCACUAUGAGGAGCUGCCGGAGGAGCUUGUCAUUGAGGAUGCACCAUGCCUUGAAAGAUUGAUCUCAUUUGGCUCUAAUGGCCCAAGGACAAUCAGGGAAAUGAUCCCCAUCAGCUUGGCUGUGUCGGUGCGCACAGUGAAGGUCUUGGUUCUAGAAUCUAUUGGCCCCAAUCUGGACGUAGUUGUUGGAUUCCUUAGAUGUUUUCCCUGCGUGGAGAAGCUAUACAUCCAGUCGCGUCUUAGGAAGGAUAUGAAAAAUCUGGGGCAAUAUGGCACGCUCGAUCCUAUCGAAUGCCUUGAACUCAAUCUCAAAGCAAUAGUAUUGAACACCUAUGAAGGCAAGACACCAGAUGUUGACUUUGCCAAGUUCUUUGUUCUCAAUGCGAAGGUACUCGAGCUAAUGAAAUUUGGAGUCUAUCGUAAUAGCUGCAAUCAGAAGUGGGUGGCUAAUCAGCACAUGCGGCUACAACUGGAUAACAGAGCUUCUAGAGAUGCGCGAUUUGAUUUUGAAAGAGAUUAUGGUAAUUGCCGUUUUUAUUAUAAGAAGCACAUGCAUGAUAUGUGGAUAGCUGAUCCCUUUGAUAGGUCAUUAUGCAAAUUCUGUCGCUGGAAACUGAAAGAGCAUGCACCUAUUUAUCGUUUUCGUGAAUUGCUGAAAUGA